GUUUUCUGUCAUGUCACGAGGUCCACAGUCCAGUAGGUGGCAGUAAAGAGCCUUCUGGGUAACAUGACGUCACUUCCUGCCUUGACGGCGAGCGCUAAGAUGGCGGUCGCAGUGGAGAAAGCCACCAAAGAUCGUCUGUUGUCGGUUCUCGGUGAUGUGGAGGUUUUAUCCCGGUAAAUGGAGCUGAUCGAGAUGUUAGCUCUGUCCAGGAACCAGAAGCUGCUGCAGCCUGGAGAAGAUGUUCAGAUCCUGGAGCUGCUGGUCCAGAGGGACAGGGAGUUCCAGCAGCUGAUGGACGUGGCUCAGCAGCAGGGGAAGGUCCACCAGGAGAUGCAGCAGCUAGAGAAGGAGGUGGAGAAAAGAGACAGUGACAUCCAGCAGCUCCAGAAGCAACUGAAGGAGGCGGAGCACAUCCUGGCCACAGCUGUUUAUCAGGCCAAAGAGAAACUCAAGUCCAUCGAUAAAGCCAGGAAAGGAAGUGUGUCGUCAGAGGAGAUCAUUAAGUACGCUCACAGGAUCAGUGCCAGUAACGCUGUGUGUGCUCCUCUCAACUGGCUCCCAGGUGACCCACGCAGACCUUACCCCACUGACCUGGAGAUGCGCAGUGGGAUUCUGGGUCACAUGGCCAACAUGCCGACCAAUGGAGUCAAUGGUCAUCUGCCCGGCGACGCUCUGACUGCAGGACGGUUGCCAGAUGUCCUGACCCCUCACUACCCCUGGCAGUCGUCUGAUGUCUCUGUUGGACUUCUGCCUCCUCACCAUGGUAACGACUUUGUCCUGGAGCCUCCGGGUCACAACAAGGAGAACGAGGACGACGUGGAGGCCAUGUCCACGGACUCGUCCAGCAGCAGCAGUGACUCAGACUGAACCUGUGUGUGUGUGUGUGUGUGUGUGU